AUGGGUUGCCAAACCUGCUGUCUGGCCUUGGCGGUGGUUGUAAUCCUGGCCCCCGGACCUUCCUGGCUUUGCCUGCAGUGCGACCCAAACUUUGCCAUCCGCUUUGCCUCGUACGCCCCCCACUUGAGCCGCAAGUCUUGGGGGCUGGGGGAUGUCCCAGCCGCGGGCCGGAGGCUCCGGGGCUGGACCCAGGACACGCUACAGGAGUUGCACCUGGGGGUUCGGGCUGAGAUCCCAAUGGUGAAACUCCAGAUGAUCGCAACAACCGUGUACGGGAAACUCGACACCCUGUUCAAAGGCAACACCUACAAGCCAGGUGUCCUUCCAGUAAUCCUGAGUUCCAUUUUUGAGGAACAAGUCAAAUUGCUACGGAAUGCCAUCAUCGAAAGCAGAGUGAAGUGUGAACGCCAUUGUGGAAUAAAGCAGUAUGAAGCCAUCUCUUGUGAAACAUGCAGCCCCACCAAACCAACUUGCUUUGGAUAUAAUUGCGAGUCCUCUGAAGAAUGGGAAGAUGCCUUGAAGGGCCUCUAUGAGCACAUAAAUAAUUUGAGCACGCAGCCUGGCGAAUGGUCAAUGGCACUGAAGCAAAUCCCUGGAUUUAGCCACUGCACAUCAACAAGCCUAGACAACCUGAACUUUACAAGUAUAGAGAGCACUCUCUCGAAAAACUGGCUCAACAUGAUGGCCCUGAAGGAGCUUGAGGGAGACAUGCCCAUCCUCCAGCUCUUUGCUCCAAUUUGCUGA